UUUCCCCUAAGCAAAAUAUCCUUAAGGUUCCUUUACCUCCAAGAAAAAACAAGAUUCUCCACAUGAACCAAUGAGAAAGAGGUGCAAAACAACAUAACCAAAACCAAACAUCACUUUCUCUUGAACAUAAAAAACAAAUUAUGUUUUUGCAGUUAUGUUUAUUCAUCUCAAAACAUUUCUUAUUUUGAUGUAUUAUUUUUAAAUAGUUUCGACAUUAUUAUCGAGAAAAAAAUUAAACUAACAUAAUCGUUAGCUUGUGGUUGCUCCCGACUUUCUCAAACUCCCCGAACAAAUAAAUGUUGCAUAACAUGGACAACAUUCCUUCAUCACCUGGCAAGUUCAAGAUGGAGAAAAGAACAAGAUGGCAAACUUCCCUACAAAAGCUCACAUUUUGGUCCAUUCUAUCCAUGGGAGUUAUCUACUUCCUUUUCUUCCGAGCCCCGUCAUCGUUCUCCUCCGACACAUCGCGUAGAUCCUUACGAACCUACAGCUACGGAGGCGCAGCGUGGGAAAAGAAGGUCCGUUCGUCCGCACGAGUCACUUCCAAAAACGGAGUCUCGGUGCUUGUAACCGGGGCUGCAGGCUUCGUCGGAAGCCAUGUCUCGAUUGCACUCAAGCACCGAGGCGACGGUGUUCUUGGUCUUGACAAUUUCAAUGACUACUAUGAUCCAUCGUUGAAACGCGGCCGCCAAGCGCUUUUGGCGAAAACAGGCGUGUUUAUCGUUGAAGGCGAUAUCAACGAUGUCUCACUUUUGAAGAAACUAUUUGAGGUUGUUCCUUUUACUCAUGUCAUGCAUUUAGCUGCACAAGCUGGUGUGAGAUACGCUAUGGAAAAUCCUGGAUCAUAUGUUCAUAGCAACAUAGCUGGUUUUGUUAAUUUACUCGAAGUUUGUAAAUCGGUUGAACCACAACCUGCUAUAGUUUGGGCUUCUUCAAGUUCAGUUUAUGGUUUAAACACAAAAGUACCUUUCUCAGAAAAAGAUAGGACUGAUCAACCUGCUAGUCUAUACGCUGCCACGAAAAAAGCGGGCGAAGAAAUCGCGCAUACUUAUAAUCACAUCUAUGGACUUUCAUUAACAGGUUUGAGAUUCUUCACUGUUUAUGGACCCUGGGGAAGACCUGAUAUGGCAUACUUUUUUUUCACAAAGGAUAUAUUAAAAGGGAACUCAAUACCAAUUUUCGAAGGGGCGAACCACGGAACCGUUGCAAGGGAUUUUACUUAUAUUGAUGACAUUGUGAAGGGAUGUUUAGGUGCAUUGGAUACUGCUGAGAAGAGUACUGGAAGUGGUGGGAAGAAACGAGCACCGGCGCAGUUGAGGGUUUUUAAUUUAGGUAAUACCUCGCCCGUUCCAGUUACCGAUCUUGUGAGUAUUUUGGAGAGGCUGUUGAAGGUUAAGGCCAAGAGGAAUGUGAUGAGGAUGCCACGAAAUGGCGAUGUUCAGUUUACGCAUGCGAAUAUAAGUUACGCGAAGAAGGAGUUCGGGUAUAAACCUACGACCGAUUUAGAAACCGGUUUGAAGAACUUUGUUAGGUGGUAUCUAAAUUAUUAUUCUGCAGGGAAAAAGGCUGAUCAGUGAUGAUGGAUUGUUUGUUUACACAUUGUUGUAGUUUGUUUGAGUUUUUGUUUAUUAUGUAUGGUUUUUGUGUUUGUAUUGUCCCUUACAUAUAUAUAUAUAUAUUAGUUGCAUGGCAUGGUUAGGAUAUUUCAUGUGUCAAACAAACUCAAAGGGACAAGAAGAAUCAUAGUUUUAUGUUUUGUAUUUUUUGUGUAUGAAUGUAACUGUUAUAGUUUUAGAUUUGUAUAGUAUUUAUGACUCUGAUAGAACACAUGGUGAUUCUUGGCAGUGUGUAAUUGUAAAAAAAGUCAAUAAAUUUCUGCACAAUAGUUUCAUUUC